GAAAAGGCCGAUGUUGGAAACAUUAACAAACCUUUUAGCUUCCCUGAGUUUGCUGAACAAUUUGUUCACCGUGGCUUUCUUCAGAAAGACAUGAUAAAUUCAGAAAUAGGAUCUUUAAGCUCGCUGGAUGGGAAGAACUGUUUCACAGAGAAGAAAAAUGUGGAAUCGCCAAAGAAAGUCCAGACAGGAGUGAAGUUUAGCUGUGAAGACUGUGGUAAAACCUUUAUUGGAAAAGGACCUUUAAACAGACACAUGAGCAUCCACACUGGUCAGAAACCUUUCUGUUGUGAUCUAUGUGGACAAAGAUUUAGCCUAAAAGGAUAUUUAAACACACACAUGAGAAUCCACACUGGUCAGAAACCUUUCUGUUGUGAUCUAUGUGGAAAAAGAUUUAGCCAAAAAGGAAGUUUAAACACACACAUGAGAAUCCACACUGGUCAGAAACCUUUCUGUUGUGAUCUAUGUGGACACAGAUUUACUGAAAAGGGAAGUUUAAACACACACAUGAGAAUCCACACUGGUCAGAAACUUUUCUGUUGUGAUCUAUGUGGAAAAAGAUUUACUGAAAAAGGAAGUUUAAACAGACACAUGAGAAUCCACACUGGUCAGAAACCUUUCUGUUGUGAUCAAUGUGGACAAAGAUUUAGCCGAAAAGGAAGUUUAAACACACACAUGAGAAUCCACACUGGUCAGAAACCUUUCUGUUGUGAUCUAUGUGGACAAAGAUUUACUGAAAAAGGAAGUUUAAACACACACAUGAGAAUCCACACUGGUCAGAAACCUUUCUGUUGUGAUCUAUGUGGACAAAGAUUUACUGAAAAAGGAAGUUUAAACAAACACAUGAGAAUCCACACUGGUCAGAAACCUUUCUGUUGUGAUCUAUGUGGACAAAGAUUUAGCCAUAAAUCAAGUUUAAACACACACAUGAGAAUCCACACUGGUCAGAAACCUUUCUGUUGUGAUCUAUGUGGACAAAGAUUUACUGAAAAAGGAAAUUUAAACACACACAUGAGAAUCCACACUGGA